CACAGCUCGCGGUAGUGCUGUAGCUUCAUUGGCAGCGGCAAGUAUGAGAGGACAUAAGUUUACAGGUUGAGCUAGGCUGGCUGGCAGCUUUUGUCGCAUUCUCGGAGAAACAGCGCGAAGAGCGGGCCGUCGAAGAGUGGCGGGACAGUCCCUGUUACCGGAUAAAUAAGUGGUGGAUACAGCCGGUUCUCGGAUACACGGCGGCGGCGGCGGUAGGAGCAGGGCGAGUGUGUGACUGCUUUGGCGGCGGUCCCGCUGCUAGCGAAACAUGAACAAAAACCACCGAGUGCCGAGCAACCGUUCACUGAGUGCCGUGGAGGUGAAGAGCAAGUUUGGUGCAGAAUUUCGUCGGUUCUCACUGGACCGGUCAAAGCCGGGCCGCUUCGAUGAGUUCUACGGCCUCCUGCAGCAUGUGCAUCGCAUCCCCAAUGUGGAGUUGUUGGUGGGCUACGCUGACAUACACGGCGACCUGCUGCCCAUCAACAACGAUGAUAACUACCACAAAGCCAUCUCCACCGCCAGCCCUCUACUCAGGCUGUUCCUGCAGAGGAAAGAGGAAGCUGAUUACACGACGUUUGGCACCGACUCGCUGACCAGGAAGAAGAACACGGUGCUUUCGGCGGUUCUUCUGCGGCCUGACACCAACAGGAAGAAACCCCCAGUGAUCAUCAGCCUUCCGAGAGACUUCCGCCCCGUCUCCUCCAUCAUCGACGUGGACAUCCUCCCUGAGACACACCGGCGCGUUCGCCUGUACAAGCAUGGCCAGGAAAAACCCUUGGGCUUCUACAUCCGGGAUGGCUCCAGUGUUCGGGUCACUCCACAGGGCCUGGAGAAGGUCCCGGGGAUAUUCAUCUCUCGCAUGGUGCCUGGUGGGCUGGCAGAGAGCACUGGCCUGCUGGCAGUCAACGAUGAAGUACUGGAGGUGAACGGUAUCGAGGUGGCUGGAAAGUCUUUGGACCAAGUGACAGACAUGAUGAUCGCCAACAGUCACAACCUCAUCAUCACUGUCAAGCCUGCCAACCAGCGGAAUAAUGUUGUUCGUAGUGGUGGUGGAGGCGGAGGUGCGGCGUCCGGUAGCUCAGGACGCUCGUCAGACAGUGGUGCCAGCUACUACGGCUACUCAUCGCAUGGGGUCCCUGCAGCGGCUUCCAUGCCAUCGCACAUCAUACAGAACUUCCCUGUCGGGGAGUUGGAGAGCGACGAGGACGACGAGGACCUGGUGAUCGAGGCGGGGGGUGAGGCUGAACCCAUCAGACGUGCCCCCUCCAACUACAGCAUGCCCUCGCUGCCUCGCUACGAGCCGCACCUCAACCUCCGCACUGCCUCCACCUCUGCCUCCGCCCUCUCUAUCAACGCCAACGGAACCCUGCCAGCCAGCGGCAGCAGCGGAUCACUAAGCAACACCAAUGCCACUUCGACCACGCCGUCCCCAGACAGAGUCAUUGAGAGGCGGAGUCUGGAGGAGGAUGGCACAGUUAUAACUCUGUAGGCAUUCACACGCUUAACACUGGAAACCAGAGAGACAAAAAAACUCAAUAAAUCACGCUUGUAGGAGUCCUGGAUCAGCUGAUCAAACCGGGGAACAUCCAUCAUACAGCGACUGUACCUGAGAAGCACAAUAAAAAGUGUACAUAUUAAAUCUCGAUGUACAUCCUAACAUUUACACGUCAAACACUGCACUCCAUACCUUACAAGCCAAUGACAACGCAUGUGUGCCAUAGCGGUGACCUCCACCCCCUCCGCCAGUUCUGCAGGCAUAGAGUUUAGUGUAAUUUGAUGCCCUCCUCUUUAUCUCGAAACCACUACAAACACUUGUUUUUAACCUGGAAAUUGUUGUUGCGCUGAGCUUCCACAAGAAGGCAGCGAUGAGAAACCCCAUCAUCAGUCCCAUGAAUAGAUGUCAGUUGAACUCCCGUGAACAAGUUAGUUCCACCUAUCGCCACCAUUAUACAACUGCUGCCCACUCCACUGGUCCACCAAAAAUGAAUACCUCUAUUAAGAAAUUAAUACGAAAGUAAUAAAUAAUUGGAGAACUACAUUACUGUCCUUAACCUUUUGAAACCCGGAUCUACAUCAAUUUUCUUGUGCUGUGUUGAGAUGCUCUUCACAAGCUA